GGCGCCAGUAGGCCUGAGGGGCACAGAGGCGGUGCCAGGGAGCUGGCCAACUUGGUCACUCUCCCCAGUGGGCAGGGAGUUCCCUGGGGCCCACUUGGUGAGCAGUCCCUGGUAUCAACUGGGGCAUCUCAGCUCGGCCCCAGGCAAAGAAGCGUAGGGCCUAAAGCUCUCCCCACGCUUCCUUCCCCGGGCCAAUCUCAGAGGCCCAGUUCAGGGUCCAGAAUUCAGGUUUGUGGCUGUUUACCUGGCAGUCACCAUGGAUCGCAGAAGCCGCCCACGAGGCCUGAGCCGAAUCCCUGGGGCUCAGUCCCGAGCCCCUCGGGCCCCGCUCCCCUUCCACUUGGAACAAGAGGCCAGGGAAGGAGAAGAAUGGGAGUGUGAGCCACCUCGUCAGAGGCCUCCUCCAACCUACACACCGCCAGAGAGCGAAGAGCCGCAAGAAAACAUUAUGGUUUCCAAGCCAGCGCCUUACUGGGAAGGAACAGCUGUGAUAAAUGGAGAAUUCAAGGAGCUGAAAUUAACCGAUUACCAUGGGAAAUACUUGGUUUUUUUCUUCUACCCACUUGAUUUCACCUUUGUGUGUCCAACUGAAAUCAUCGCUUUUGGUGACAGAAUUGAAGAAUUCAGAUCCAUAAAUACUGAAGUGGUAGCAUGCUCUGUCGAUUCACAGUUCACCCAUUUGGCCUGGAUUAAUACCCCUCGGAGACAAGGAGGACUAGGGUCGAUAAACAUCCCGCUUCUUUCUGACCUGAACCAUCAGAUCUCGAAGGACUAUGGUGUAUAUCUAGAGGACGCAGGUCACACCCUGAGAGGCCUCUUUAUUAUUGAUGACAAAGGAAUCCUGAGGCAGAUUACCCUCAAUGACCUUCCUGUGGGCCGAUCGGUGGAUGAGACCUUACGUCUGGUUCAAGCAUUCCAGUACACCGACAAGCAUGGAGAAGUCUGCCCUGCUGGCUGGAAACCUGGUAGUGAAACAAUAAUUCCAGAUCCAGCUGGAAAACUGAAGUAUUUUGACAAACAAAACUGAAAAAUACUUCAUCAAGUUACAAGGCUUCCAAGCCUUCAGUGUGCUCAAUAAAAGAAGUCACUGUUUCACGGCCA